AUUUGCCCUUCCCAAAAAUGGCCGCAGCUGCGCCUCAUGAAGAAAACCGCUCUGGGCCCCGCCUUUGAUCUCGUUGGUGGGAUAGGGGAUGAGAGCUACACCGCGCGGGACAAGUCGCCGGCGGCGCCCGACGGAGCAGAAGAGAGAACAUGGAGCUGGAGAGGAUUGUCGGUGCAGCCCUCCUCACCUUUGUCCAGACGCACCUCCCAGAGGCCGACCUCAGCGGCUUGGAUGAGGUCAUCUUUUCCUAUGUGCUUGGGGUCCUGGAGGACCUGGGCCCCUCAGGUCCAUCAGACGAGAACUUCGAUAUGGAGGCCUUCACUGAGAUGAUGGAGGCCUAUGUGCCUGGCUUUGCCCACAUCCCCAGGGGCACAAUAGGGGACAUGAUGCAGAAGCUCUCAGGGCAGCUGAGUGAUGCCAGGAACAAAGAGAACCUGCAACCGCAGAGCUCUGGUGUGCAAAGUCAGGUGCCUAUCUCCCCAGAGCCCCUACAGCAGCCUGAAAAGCUCAAAGAAGAGACCAGGUCUUCUGCUGCGGGGGACACCCAAGACGAGGCAGCCGGCACUGAGGAGGAGCUGCUGCCGGGGGUGGAUGUACUCCUGGAGGUGUUCCCAACCUGUUCCGUGGAGCAGGCACAGUGGGUGCUAGCCAAAGCCCGUGGGGACUUGGAGGAGGCUGUGCAGAUGCUGGUGGAGGGGAAGGAAGAGGGGCCUCCAGCCUGGGAUGGCCCCAACCAGGACCUGCCCAGGCGGCUCAGAGGGCCCCAAAAGGAUGAGCUGAAGUCCUUCAUCCUGCAGAAGUACAUGAUGGUGGAUAGUGCAGAGGAUCAGAAGACUCACCGGCCCAUGGCUCCCAAGGAGGCCCCCAAGAAGCUAAUCCGGUACAUCGACAACCAGGUAGUGAGCACCAAAGGGGAGCGAUUCAAAGAUGUGCGGAACCCUGAGGCGGAGGAGAUGAAGGCCACAUACAUCAACCUCAAGCCGGCCAGGAAGUACCGUUUCCACUGAGGCACUUGGUGGACUCUGCCUGAGCCUUCUUAACUCAGAUCCCAGAGGGAUGCAAGAGCCCCGUAUCCCCACGGAGGGGCCUCCCGAACUCCUGUUCCCCUUUCCUGCCCCUCUUCUACACUUUCUCGCUCCACAGUGAUGACCUAUUCUUGGAGCUGCCUCCAUGGGCACAGUAAAGGUGGCCCAAGGAAGGUG